CCGCCCUCCUCAGGUAUAUCAGGGCUGGUCCAGGCCCAGGCUCUGUCGUGUGAGAGUGCAGGCACCGCGCACCAUGGGGAAGGCCGAGAACUAUGAGCUCUACUCGGUGGAGCUGGGCCCUGGCCCCGGAGGGGACAUGGCUGCCAAGAUGAGCAAGAAGAAGAAGGCGGGCGGUGGGGGCGGCAAGAGGAAGGAGAAGCUGGAGAACAUGAAGAAGGAGAUGGAGAUUAACGACCACCAGCUGUCAGUGGCGGAGCUGGAACAGAAAUACCAGACCAGUGCCACCAAGGGCCUGUCUGCCAGCCUGGCUGCCGAGCUGCUGCUGCGGGAUGGGCCCAACGCGCUGCGGCCGCCACGAGGCACCCCAGAGUACAUCAAGUUCGCGAGGCAGCUGGCCGGGGGCCUGCAGUGCCUCAUGUGGGUGGCCGCCGCCAUCUGCCUCAUCGCCUUUGCCAUCCAGGCCAGCGAGGGGGACCUCACCACCGAUGACAACCUGUACCUGGCAAUUGCUCUCAUCGCUGUAGUUGUUGUCACCGGCUGCUUUGGCUACUACCAGGAAUUCAAGAGCACCAACAUCAUCGCCAGCUUCAAGAACCUUGUGCCACAGCAAGCCACUGUCAUCCGAGAUGGAGACAAGUUCCAGAUCAACGCUGACCAGCUGGUGGUGGGUGACCUGGUGGAGAUGAAAGGCGGGGACAGAGUGCCCGCUGACAUCCGCAUCCUGGCGGCCCAGGGCUGCAAGGUGGACAACUCCUCACUGACGGGGGAGUCUGAGCCGCAGACCCGCUCACCCGAGUGCACACACGAGAGCCCCCUGGAGACGCGCAACAUUGCCUUCUUCUCCACCAUGUGCCUUGAGGGCACAGCGCAGGGCCUGGUGGUGAACACGGGUGACCGCACCAUCAUUGGGCGCAUCGCGUCUCUGGCGUCGGGGGUGGAAAAUGAGAAGACACCCAUUGCUAUCGAGAUUGAGCAUUUUGUGGACAUCAUCGCAGGCCUGGCCAUACUCUUUGGUGCCACAUUUUUUAUCGUGGCCAUGUGCAUUGGCUACACCUUCCUGCGGGCGAUGGUCUUCUUCAUGGCCAUCGUGGUGGCCUACGUGCCUGAGGGGCUGCUGGCCACUGUCACAGUCUGCCUCUCCCUGACAGCCAAGCGCCUGGCCAGUAAGAACUGCGUGGUCAAGAACCUGGAGGCGGUGGAGACAUUGGGCUCCACCUCAGUGAUCUGCUCGGACAAGACAGGGACGCUCACUCAGAACCGCAUGACUGUGUCCCAUCUGUGGUUUGACAACCACAUCCACACAGCUGACACCACGGAAGACCAGUCAGGGCAGACGUUUGACCAGUCCUCGGAGACGUGGCGGGCGCUGUGCCGGGUGCUCACCCUGUGCAACCGCGCCGCCUUCAAGUCCGGCCAGGACGCAGUGCCCGUGCCCAAGCGCAUCGUGAUCGGAGACGCGUCGGAGACGGCGCUGCUGAAGUUCUCAGAGUUGACGCUGGGCAACGCCAUGGGCUACCGCGACCGCUUCCCAAAAGUCUGCGAGAUCCCCUUCAACUCCACCAACAAGUUCCAGCUGUCCAUCCACACGCUGGAGGACCCGCGGGACCCGCGACACUUGCUGGUGAUGAAGGGCGCCCCCGAGCGCGUGCUGGAGCGCUGCAGCUCCAUCCUCAUCAAGGGCCAGGAGCUGCCUCUGGAUGAGCAGUGGCGUGAGGCCUUCCAGACAGCCUACCUCAGCCUGGGAGGCCUGGGCGAACGCGUGCUCGGCUUCUGCCAGCUCUACCUGAAUGAGAAGGACUACCCGCCUGGCUAUGCCUUUGACGUGGAGGCCAUGAACUUCCCAUCUAGUGGCCUCUGCUUUGCUGGACUUGUAUCCAUGAUUGACCCACCCCGGGCCACCGUCCCCGAUGCUGUGCUCAAGUGUCGCACAGCAGGCAUCCGGGUGAUCAUGGUGACAGGUGACCACCCCAUCACUGCCAAGGCCAUUGCAGCCAGUGUGGGCAUCAUCUCGGAAGGCAGCGAGACAGUGGAGGACAUCGCUGCCCGCCUCCGUGUGCCCGUGGACCAGGUUAAUCGCAAGGACGCCCGUGCCUGCGUGAUCAAUGGCAUGCAGCUGAAGGACAUGGACCCGUCGGAGCUGGUUGAGGCCCUGCGCACCCACCCUGAGAUGGUGUUUGCACGCACCAGCCCCCAGCAGAAGCUGGUAAUCGUGGAGAGCUGCCAGCGGCUGGGUGCCAUUGUGGCCGUCACGGGGGAUGGUGUGAAUGACUCCCCAGCCCUGAAGAAGGCAGACAUUGGAGUAGCCAUGGGCAUCGCUGGCUCGGAUGCUGCCAAAAAUGCAGCCGACAUGAUCCUGCUGGAUGACAACUUCGCCUCCAUUGUGACAGGCGUGGAGCAGGGCCGACUGAUCUUCGACAACCUGAAGAAGUCCAUCGCCUACACAUUGACCAAGAACAUCCCGGAGCUGACGCCCUACCUCAUCUACAUCACCGUCAGCGUGCCCCUGCCCCUCGGGUGCAUCACCAUCCUCUUCAUCGAACUCUGCACUGACAUCUUCCCAUCUGUGUCCCUGGCAUACGAAAAGGCCGAGAGUGACAUCAUGCACCUGCGUCCACGCAACCCGAAGCGCGACAGAUUGGUCAACGAGCCCCUGGCUGCCUACUCCUACUUCCAGAUUGGUGCCAUUCAGUCCUUUGCUGGCUUCACGGACUACUUCACAGCCAUGGCCCAGGAAGGCUGGUUCCCACUGCUGUGCGUGGGGCUGCGGCCGCAAUGGGAGGACCACCACCUGCAAGACCUGCAGGACAGCUACGGCCAGGAGUGGACGUUCGGGCAGCGCCUGUACCAGCAAUACACCUGCUACACUGUGUUCUUCAUCAGCAUCGAGGUGUGCCAGAUUGCCGACGUGCUCAUUCGCAAGACGCGCCGCCUCUCUGCCUUCCAACAGGGCUUCUUCAGGUUCCCAGUUCCUAACGGCCUGUCCCAUCCUGCCGCCCCGCCCCGCAGGAAUAAGAUCCUGGUGAUCGCCAUCGUGUUCCAGGUCUGCAUCGGCUGCUUCCUGUGCUACUGCCCCGGCAUGCCCAACAUCUUCAACUUCAUGCCCAUUCGGUUCCAGUGGUGGCUGGUCCCCCUGCCCUACGGCAUCCUCAUCUUCGUCUAUGACGAGAUCCGGAAGCUUGGAGUUCGCUGUUGCCCAGGCAGCUGGUGGGACCAGGAACUCUACUAUUAGAGGGACGACUGCCUUCAAGCAUCCCUGUAACUGCCACGGCAGGUGGGGGCAGGGCUCCUGGGACCCUCUGGACAGCCACCAAGACAUCUGAGCUACUAAGAGUCCCAGCCCCACCAGUAUCUGCUUCUGCAGUCCACGGCACCCCAACCUUGGAAGGACCCUGCCCACUCCCCUUCCCCAUCCCCAAGGUUUGCACCUCCUGGAACAGCAGUACCUGGGCACAGUCCUCUGAGCUGGCCUCAGGAAAGCCCCCACCUGCGGCGGCGCUGGGGCUCUGACAGGGAGUACAGCUGGCCACUCCUGGAGGGUUUCUGUCCUUAGGACUCCAGUCCAGGCAGGAGGGCUGCCCAGGGGCCCUUCGUUAAAGACACGCUUGUGUCCUGAGACGGUAAUAAAACCAGCUCAUGCUGACUGUGCGGUAUCCGGUGCCAGGCAGUGUC